AUGACAGAUAUUAAACGUAACUUCUCAGACGUGAUGUCAUACUCACCUGACACACCAGGUGAGUACGAAGAAAGUGACCAGAAGAAGCUUCAUACAAAGCCAGGUAGAAAGCCAAUCGAGACCGAACCAAAGUCGAAAAGAACAGCACAAAAUAGAGCAGCGCAAAGAGCUUACAGAGAGAGAAAAGAACGUAAAAUGAAAGAGUUGGAAGAUAAGGUCAAGUCUUUGGAAGAUGAGAAUGUGAAAGCAAUGACGGAAACAGAUUUCUUGAGAGCACAAGUCAAUAUUUUGAAAAGCGAGUUGGUAAAGUAUAGAGGAUCAACCGAUCUUCUGGAUUUGAAUCUCCCCAAAACUGUUGGUCAUUUAAGUAAUCCCAACCCUCAAUCUAGCAAUGUUAGCCUGUCCCCACAAGAUAACGAGAGUCUAUCGGGUACUUCAAAAGGAUCAGUCUCAGACAAGGCUUCUACAAAUUCGUCGAUAUCGAACAACUCACCGAACUAUUCAUUUGGCGCACCUUGGUCAAAGGACAAUUUGAGACUUAUGAAACAACAACAACAACAACAACAACAACAAUUUAACCAUACUCAUCCGAGUAAUGAUACCAAUGUACCGGAUUUAGUAUCUGGAUCGUCGUCUUCAACCACACCAUUGAAUGAUAACAUACUUGUAACACCAGAAGGUGUCACGGAUACUGCAGGUAAGAACGAUAUGUCGUUAAAUUUUGCACGCAAUUUUGAAGAGGAAGUAGAUCCAUUUUGCGUGAAAUUGGGCGAGGCUUGUGGUACAAAGAAGGAUCCUGUUCCCAAAGCCAGAAAGUCGAUACCCAACAGUUACAACCAACUGAGGGCCACAACAGAAUCCACGCAAUUCAACUCUCCAUUCUCAAACAUGUCACCUACGUAUCCAAUAUUUUCAAAUGAGCUGAAAGUGGGGAACAAUAGUGAAUACAAUGACAAUGAAUUGUUCAAUUUGGAUACAAACAAUUUCGACUUCAACUUGGUUGACAACAAGUACAAAGACUCUGACGAUCCAUUGAGUUUCUUGAAUGACAACGAUUUCGAUGUAUCGCUAGCAUUUGGUAACCCAAACAAUAAUAAUAAUGAGCAAAGAGAUGUUGUUGAUUUGCUAACUACCGAGGAAUCCAUGUAUGACCCAUUAAACAAGGACGAAGUGAAUACCGAUUUCAAUUUCAAUGAUUUUAUCAAGAACUCAAUCACUGAUAUCAGCAGCAGAAGGUCGGUACUGAAGGAAACCAAUGGCGCAACACCAGCUGAUACUUCCAUUCAACCCACCAAGGAAAAAGGUCGUGACAUUCAAGAAGAGGACGAUAGUAGCAGUGACGAGGUUGUUCCCGCCCCAAGGGCUACUAUGAAGUGCAGCGAAAUUUGGGAUAGAAUCACGGCCCAUCCAAGGUAUACCGAGAUUGAUAUUGACGGGUUAUGUAACGAGAUGAAGAAUAAAGCCAAAUGCUCAGAGAAGGGAGUUGUUAUAAAUUCAGAUGAUGUAAGUAAUUUAUUGGAAAGAAGUGUUAGAAAAUGA